AUAAGUGAGCACCGCCAACUGAAAAGUAAUUGCAGGACUGUAUGAGUAUGAAUACAACUUUAUUGUUUUAGUUAUACCUCCUGUUAUUUGUGUAUGACCAGACUUGUGCCAAUUGUUUAUGGUCUUUAUAUGCGUCAACUGUUGGUGUUGUGUAUUUCCUACUAUGCAUAUUGCUUGUCACACCAUUUAGUGACUUAUCCUCUAAUUUGUUUAACUGCUUUAGGUAUCACUUGGCUUCUCCUGUUCCGAUUUGGCAUAUAAGUGUGUUUUGUUGUUAUCUUAGUGACUGAUUCAAUAUUUGGUCCUAGACAAAAAUUGUUGAAAACUAACAUUGGCACAUUUACAAUGAUGAUCAACGUGACUGGACCCUUUUUGAUGCAAUGUUCCACAUAUCCUGUGGAGGGCAGUAACACACCUAGACGUGUUGAAACAUUUAGAGGAAGAAGAAGAAGAAAAGGAAACCAAUGGAAUUCACCCUCAUUACAUUGGCUUGUUGUGUCUGUCAGCUAACCAUUAACUACUUUAAUCGCGAAUAUUUACGUGUAUGUGUCCUAUGAGCAGUGGACGAUGUCUACCCGGGCUCUGCGAAGGCUCAAAGGGAAACAGCGGGGUCAGGAGGCCUUGGACCUCGGGGAUCUAACUUUGGGUGACAGCUCGGAGGAGCAGCUAGACUCGGCUAGUGUUUCUCCUCCGUCCAAUAGCAAAGACAGCAGCCGAAAGACAAAGAAAAACAAGGCUCAGAAAAACUUCAGCAACAUUUAUGAAUUGAUAGGUGAUGCAGAGAAAAUCUCACCCGAUGAAGAGGCAGAAAAGCCAGAUGGAAAUACAACAAAUGACACGGAAAAAAAUGACAUCAGUGAAACUGAGGAACCAGAUCAAAAGCACGAGGAGACGUCCACAAAGUCUUUGUCUGGAGACAGAGUUAAAAAGAAGAAGAAAAAGAAAAAGACAAAAGUGAUGUCAGAAGAUGGACAGGAGGCUGUACCAGAUGAAAAUAUUGAUUUAUUGCUGCAAAACCUGGAGCAGUCCAAUGGUCUGAGUUUGCAAAAUGAGGAUUGCAGCGGCUCCGACAGAAGAUCUGUGCUACAUGUGGAGCACAGGAACCUCAACCCAGAGACGGAGCUGAAGAGAUAUUUUGGGGCUCGAGCUGUUCAGGGGGAUCAAAGACCUCGACAGAGAAACAGACAGUUUCACCGCAGCACCUGGAUGACAAGUCCUAAGGACAGCUGGCCUCGUUUCAGCCGCCCAGGAAUCUCAAUGACCCUACUGCAGUCAAAGGAAGGCGUUCAGUACUUCACCUUUGAGCACGGUCGGCAGUACCAGCAAGUACAGUUCAAGUUCCUGGAUGCUGUGGAGUCCAUGGAUCCCAACAACAUCGUGGCAUUGCUUCAGCUUAACCCCUACCAUAUUGAUUCCUUGCUGCAGCUCUCUGAUGUCUGCCGCAUACAGGAGGACCAGGAGAUGGCCAGGGACCUCAUCGAGAGGGCCUUGUACAGCUUUGAGUGUGCCUGUCACCCCUUAUUCAGUCUGACCUCAGGUACCAGCAGGCUUGAUUAUCUGCGUACAGAGAACAGGGCAUUUUAUCUGGCUCUUUAUAAGCACAUGAUGUUUCUGGAAAAGAGAGGAUGCCCGCGGACGGCGUUGGAGUACUGCAAACUUAUUCUGAGUUUGGACCCAGACGCUGACCCACUUUGCAUGCUCCUGCUCAUUGAUUUUCUGACGCUGCGCUCCAGAGAGUACCAGUAUCUCCUCCAGUUACAUCAGGACUUGGAGGUGCACAGAAAUCUGUGCCUGCUGCCAAACUUUGCAUUCUCCACUGCACUUUGCCAUUUCCAUCUCAGUCAGCAGGAAGAUGUGGAUCCUGAAGAAAGUGAGAAAGAAAGACAAAAAGCUGACCAGAUGCUGCAGAAAGCUCUCAUCAUGUUCCCCGGAGUGUUGAUUCCUCUACUGGAUCUGUGUACUGUGCAGCCUGAUGCCACAGUCAGCUCACAUGCCUUCUUUGGCCCAAAGAGCCAGAUUGGGCAGCCCCCAGCCCUGGCUGAACUGACUGCUCUGUAUGUGGGGAGGACUCACAGCAUGUGGAGGGAGGCAGCAGUAAUGCUUUGGUUGGAAGAGUCUGUGAAAGAGGUGCUGCGUCGAGUUGAUGCCAAAGACCCUCUGGUAGACGACUGCCAAAACAAAAAGCAGAGGUACAAGUGUGCACCGAGGAACAUCCAUCGUCACGUCCUCCUCUCUGAGAUCAAAGAAGCCACCUCAAGUCUGCCUCUAGAGGUGACCAGUCAGCCUGUGAUGGGCUUCGACCCUCUGCCUCCACUGGACUCGGUGAUGUCGUACACCCGACCAGAGAGGCAGCAUGUUGGUGCAACCAAUGAGAGUACAUUGUCGCUGUUUUUCCGGUCUUUACUGCCAAACUUCAACCUUCAGGGUGGACUGAGGCAGGAGGAUGACAUGGAAGUUGCUCGAGCUGGACAGGAGCUGAACCAGGAAGUGAAUCGUCUAAUGGUGGCAAUGAGGGACAUGCUGGCCAACAUCAGGUUUCAAGAGCCACCAAGAGAGGACAACCCGUACAGAGAUGAGGAUGAGUGGGACUGAGAGAGGAGGGAGACAGAGGUGGACAACAAUAGCUACAAUAAGAAAUAUGAACAUAUUUAAUGGUGUUGGUGGGUUUAUAAUAAUUUAGAAGAACAACUGAAGUCUUUUUUUUUUUUUUUUUUUUUUUAAUUGUCAGUUAUCAGAAUACUUAAGUGAAAGGAAGAGAUGACUCUGAGACAAUCCAGACAAUUGUGAACAUGGGAAACUUUUCUCCAGAGUCAGAAAACAGAUGAACUCGUAAUGACUCUCAAGUUGACAGUUUUAUUUGUAAUAAACAUUUAGCAGUUCCAACAUCUGCAGUCAUCGUCAGUGAGCAGGACUCUUCCUCUGGUUUCUGACUUUCAGGGAGUUGUUCACGUUUAGGGGACUGGUUUAUAAAAUAAGAACCACAUUGAGACACACCUUAUUUUCAGUGAAAGGUUUUAUUGCCACAGAAUCAGACAAAGUUUCUAUUUACACAUACAUUGAAAUAUAUGUAAAACUCUGUAUAAAUACCCUCUCAGACCACAGUGCUUUCCUACCGAAUAGUUUGCUGAAAAGUUUCAAAAUAUGACAAGGGACUCCAAAAAAGCAUAAUAAUUAGUAAUAAAAAAUAAAAAGUGCUAAAAGCAAUGGCUCAAAUUAUCACAUUAUUUUAGAAAAGCAAAAAGUUAUUUCUGGAUAAAAAUGACAAACAAAUCUUGAUGAGAUUUAAGCAAAAGUUGAUGGAUCUCACUUUAGCCUUUACAAUUUAUUCAAAUGUAAUUUUUCAUAAACAUGAAUGAAUGUAGGUCUUGUCUCCUGCUAGUUUCUGAAUCGAACGUAUCACAAUGCUGAGAUUCUGUUCUUCUGUCUUAUGUAAUGAAGGAAUCUGUUGUUAAAUGGUUAUUUUGUCACAUGGUCGUUUCAUUAGAAAACCGCAGUCUGAGAAUCUAAUCACAUUUUCUUGUAGUUCUACUUGCCUUUGUUUUUGAUCUUAUCAUUACCGCAGGAUGUCUGCUGUUUCUCUCGUAUGUGACCUCCCUCCCGCUCGAUUUGGAAAUCAACUCCACAUUUCAGUGUGAGUCGACUUGCUACCUUUUGAUUAUUUGUGGCUUACCCAAACCAAUAAAACAGUUUCCCAAUAA